AUGUCUGACUGCAGGAGAGAGUGGAACCGGGAGGAUGAGCUGCCGGUCUACCUGGCGGGGCCGACCCCCACCGGGCAGCACCAUCGGAAAUCCUACGGCAUGUUCAGCUCCGUGGAGGGGGCGUUCGAGAGCAAGACCAUCGACUUCGACAACUAUGCGGUGGGGAGGAGAGGGAGCCGCACCCCGAGGAGCGGCAGCCGGGAGAGGCUCUUGGACACCGGUGAUGAAGCCAACGGGAAGACGCCCGGCAGCAACCAGGCCCAGGAGGGGUCCGUUGGCAACUCGCCCGGGGAGCGCGACGAGUCACACGCCGGUGUCGAGGUCAGACACCCAUCGGGGAAGGAAACCCCUGAUGGAAAGAGUGAGCAGCUGCUGAUCAAAGGAGGGCGGGUUGUCAACGAUGACCAGUCUUUCUAUGCGGACGUCUACAUUGAGGACGGGGUCAUCAAGCAGGUGGGGGAGAAUCUGGUGGUCCCGGGGGGAGUCGAGGUGAUCGAGGCAAACGGCCGCAUGGUGAUACCUGGGGGAAUAGAUGUCAACACCUGUCUGAUGAAGCCCUUUCUGGGCACCCAGCCUGUCGAUGGUUUCCUCCAAGGCACCAAGGCUGCACUUGCUGGAGGCACUACCAUGAUCAUUGACCAUGUGACCCCCCAGCCCGGGGACAGCCUGCUGGAGGCGUUUGAGCACUGGCAGGAGGCUGCGGAUAAGAAGGCCUGCUGUGACUACUCCCUGCACGUAGACAUCCCCCAGUGGAAUGAGACUGUCACUGAUGAGUUGGAGCUGCUGGUGCAAGAGAAAGGUGUCAGCUCGUUCCAGUUGUACAUGGCUUAUAAGGAUCUGUACCAGAUGUCAGAUUCACAGCUCUACGAGGCAUUCUCCUUCCUGAAGCAGCUCGGUGCUGUGGUGUUAGUUCAUGCGGAGAACGGAGACCUGAUUGCUCAGGAACAGAGAAAAAUCCUCGGGAUGGGAAUCACUGGACCGGAAGGCCAUCCCCUGAGUCGUCCUGAAGAGCUGGAGGCCGAGGCAGUGUUCCGUGCCAUCACUCUUGGUAACCGCGUGAACUGUCCUGUCUACAUCACAAAGGUGAUGAGCAAGAGUGCAGCUGACACCAUCGCCCAGGCCCGGAGGAAAGGUUCUGUAGUUUUUGGCGAGCCGAUCACAGCCAGCUUGGCCACUGACGGUUCUCACUACUGGAGCAGGAAUUGGGCCAAAGCGGCAGCUUAUGUGACGUCUCCUCCUCUGAGCACUGAUCCCACAACUCCAGACCAUCUCCAAACACUGCUGGCUUGUGGGGACCUCCAGGUGGUGGGCAGUGCUCACUGCGCCUACAGCACGUCUCAGAAAGCCAUUGGUAAAGAUGACUUCACCCUCAUCCCUGAGGGAACCAAUGGCGUGGAGGAGAGAAUGGUUGUCGUCUGGGACAAGGGCGUGGCCAUGGGGAAGAUGGACGAGAACCAGUUUGUGGCCGUCACGUCCACCAACGCGGCUAAAAUCUUCAACCUGUACCCACGUAAGGGCCGGAUAGCGGUGGGCUCCGACGCCGACAUCGUCAUCUGGGACCCUGACAGCACCAAAACCAUCUCAGCCAGAGUCCAGCAGUCGGCUUCAGAGUACAAUAUCUUUGAGGGCCUGGAGUGUCGCGGAGGUCCAGCGCUGGUGCUGAGUCAUGGUCGGGUGGUUUGUGAGGAUGGGAAGCUGCAGGCUCAGCAGGGCACCGGCCGUUUUAUCCCCUGCAAGCCCUUCUCGGACCUGGCUUACCAGCGCGUCAAGUUCAGGGACCAGGUGAAGGCGAAGCAGGGUGUUACUCGGGCUGUUACUCGUGGGAUGUACGAUGGUCCUGUGUCUGAUGUCGUUCCUACACCCAAAUAUAUCACUCCUUCUCCGUCAGCAAAAACAUCACCCACCUCGACCCAUCCACCACCAAUACGCAAUCUGCACCAGUCCAACUUCAGCCUAUCAGGGGCUCAGCUUGAUGACAACAUCCCACGUCGCUCCGGCCACCGUAUUGUGGUGCCCCCCGGUGGCCGCUCCAACAUCACCAACCUCUGUUGA